AUGACCGAAACCUGGUUUGGGGUCGCGUCAGCUGCUCCUGCUCGUGAUCUUCGUAUCUUGAUCACGAAUGGACGAUUUCCCGUCUCCCUGGACCUAGCUCGCCAACUCUACACUGCCGGCCAUGUCGUCUUCUGCGUCGACCCGAUGGAGUACCACGUGUGCAAGUUCUCCAUAUCCGUCUCACAAUCGCAACAAGUCCCAGCACCGCACGAUGACCCCGCGGGAUACAUCGAAGCCGUGAAAGAUGCGAUUUCAAGAUGGGACAUCGACAUGGUGAUACCCAUCCACGAGGAGAUCUUCCACUUAGCCGGCAGCAAAGAACCACAAAUCCUCUCCCGACUCUUCGCGCCGCCCUUCGACCUCCUCGUGCGUCUGCAUCACAAAUUCGAGUUCUCGAGGUUGAUGAGAGAGGUCGGCCUCGAUGUCCCCGAGUCGUAUUUGUGUAAGGAUAUGCACGACGUAAUGAACCUCCCCGUCGACAAAUAUCCCCACGGCAUGGCUUUGAAGCCCUGCUUCGGUCGCGCUUCGUCCGGCGUGUACCAUCUUCGACCUGGCGAGCCGAUUCCGGAUGAUAUCGAUAUUAGCGAGGACCGCCAGCACGUUGCGCAGGAGUGGUUGAUUGGGAACCGGUAUUGCAGCUAUAGCGUUGUGCAGCAGGGGAGGGUGGAAGCUACGGGGCUGUAUCCUGUGCUGGACACGAUCGAUGGGAGUAGCAGUGUGUUUUUCGUGCAGCGGUAUCAUGAGGGGGUGUAUAGGUACAUCGAGGAUUUCGUGAAGAGGGUGCCGAGUUUUAGUGGACAGAUCGCCUUCGACUUCAUCGAAACCUCCACCCGCCUCGUCGCCAUCGAAUGCAACCCCCGCUCCACCUCCGGCCUGCAUCUCUGGUCCAACACGCCGCACCUCGCCCACGCCAUAACCCACCACCUCCCCAAAGAAGAACUCAUCCGCCCCAUCCUGCCACCCAAAACCCGGGCCCUAGGCCGCGAAUCCCACUUCCAAGUCGCCGCCGGCAUGCUCAUGUGGGAACACAAAAACGCCACCCUGUCCGUCUGGGCAUCGCACAUGCGGAGGUUAGUACUCGCACGGGAUGUAGUCUGGCGAUGGCUGGAUCCCAUGCCGACGGUUGCGCAGCCGUUUUUGUUGACGGAGUAUUAUCGGAUUUGUCGACGGGAGGGGUUGCAGUUGCCGGAGAUGUUUCAGAGGGAGUUGGUUUGGGAGCCGAGGGGGGCGGAGUGGGCGGGUGUGAGGAGUAUGUUGGAGGGGAAAAUGGAAGAUACCAGGCCUAGGGAUAGUCAUCAGGAGGAUGAGAAGGUCGAGGUGUGGCAGGUGGGAUUUGUUUGA